UCAAGCCUUGCCUUCCCUUGCAACUUUUAUCUCUCUCCGGAAAGUUUAUAGGCUCAUCAAUGCGUUUCGUUAGAGCAUCGAUCCGGGUUCGUAGCCGACUACAGAUUUGGGUCUGUGAUCCUACACGAGGGUCUUGAUCCUUCCUAUCAUCUCCCCAGUCGCCGUAUGGUUAGAGUUCGAGUUUUAGAAACCGAGAUUGCUAAAUGCUUAUCGCGAGCCAAUGGAUGAGCGCUGACUGGAGGAAAGUGAUGAAGUCACAACUAUAAUAAGAGGAGGUGGAGAAAGGGAAGAGCUGCCGACUGCUGCGGAACAGCCCUUCACUCAAGGUGGGGCACAGCUUUCGCAAGUAGUAGUGAAUGAAGAGAAAAAAGGGUCCCGGUUGUCGAGUUUAAGCAUGAAGUCUGCGCUGUCUUAUCCGCUAAAGUUUAGGGAGUCAUUGAAGAAGAUCACCAAGAGCCAAAGCAUGAUAAUGUAUCUCGAGGGGUCCCCCGAUGAUCCAAGGGAUGUGCAAAUCGUCGAGUCUUUUCGGGACCUGCUCUUUCUCGAUGGCCAUACUUUGGGGAAACAAAUUAACAACCACGCGCAGUAUAAACCAUCUGUGGAGUUUCUAAGAAUGAGAGAUUUUGAUGUUCCAAAAGCAAAAGAAAUUUUUCUUGACUAUCUUGAGUGGAGGGAAGACUACAGGGCCGAGGCGAUUUCAAAGAUACUGCCGGAGUUCAAGUAUGAAGAGUACUCCGAGGUAAAGUGUUAUCCUCAUGGAUAUCAUGACUUUGAUAGAUAUGGUAGACCGAUAUAUAUCGAAAGGAUUGGCAUGGUGGACCUCAAUUCUCUGCUGCAAGUGACUACAAUAGAACGGUUUGUUAGAUAUCACGUAUGAGAAAGAGAGAGGAUACAAGAUCUGAGGUACCCGGCAUGCUCGAUUGCAGCGAAGAGGCAUGUAGCUUCUACAACAAGUAUUUUAGACGUUAAGGGAGUUGGAACGUCGAAUUUCUGAAUGCCCACAAGGUAUCUCCUAAUGGAGAUUCAGAAACUCGAUAGUAAUUACUACCCAGACGGGUUGCAUAGGCUCUUCAUUGUCAAUGCCGGAUCGGGGUUCAAGAUGCUGUGGAAAGCCCUCGAAGCUUUUCUUGAUGCGAGUACAUAUGCUAAGAUCAAAGUGCUGGGAUGUGACUGUCCCAACGAUCUCCUCGAGUAUGUUCUGGUCCUUGCAUAUCAAAACUUGCCGAAUUUUCUGGGAGGAAAUUGCACAUGCUCUGUCUAUGGUAGUUGCUUGUUUAGCGACAAAGGACCGUGGCAUAAUCCGGAGACUGUAGAGAUGGUUCAGGUU